AUGAAUAGAACGAAUUCAUCUUCACGAUCUACAUUUGUCGUUGUUGACAAAAGCGUACUUGAACAAAUCAGUCAUUAUAUCUAUGCAAUUGUAUUUCCUCUUGUCUUUCUUUCGGGUUUAAUUGGUAAUUUAUUUUCAUCAAUUGUUUUCUCCGUAACGAAACUUAAUCAAACAUCAUGUGGCAUCUAUUUUCUCAUACUUGCCCUUUUCGAUUCGUCAGCAUUAAUCGGUGGUCUACAUCAUUGCUUAACGAUCGGAUAUCAUGUUCAAGUGCGUAAUGCAAAUUACUGUCGAGUUCGUAACUUUCUCUUGUACAUGUCAAUGGAUAUGGCAUCAUGGAUGGUUGUUGCUAUAUCUGUUGACAGGUAUUUAAAAGUGAAAUUUCCAAUCAAAGCACGAAUGUAUGCAACAAGAAAACUGGCAAUGGUCGUUUCAGGUAUUAUAGCAGUGAUUUUUAUCGUAAAAAAUGCUCAUCUCUUAACGAGUUUUAUUGGCGAUUUUACUGCCAAUGCUGCCGAUAAUUGUGAUCCUAAUCCUGAUCAUCCGAAGUACAUGUUUUUCUUCAAAAAUAUUUGGCCAUGGAUUGACCUAACUACGUACGCUCUACUACCAUUCGUUAUUGUUACUGUAUGCAACAUAUUGAUCAUCUAUGAUCAAUAUACAAGACGUUUGAAGUUACGCAAACGUCAUCUCGAUCUGUCCCUAAUCACUCUACUCUUAGCUAGUUCGAUUUCGUUGAUACUCUGUAAUCUUCCAAUAACAAUUCUUGCCGUGAUUUAUCCAUACAUUUCCAUUUCGUAUGACACUAAUGAAAUUUAUGAUAGUGUUGCAUUUACGUUUGAUCUACUUCGACUACCAUCAUACGUUUCAUUGGCAUUGAACUUUUAUCUCUACUAUUAUACAUCGAUUCUCUUUCGACAACAAACUGUUCGUCUUUUUCGACGUUUAUUUCGUUCGAAAAGCAAAACAUGUGAUAUUGAACUUCCCAAUCGAAUAUACACAUUUGAAAAUCGCUGUGUCAACCGAAUGGAUUCAUUCGAUGAGCUCGAAGAAGAUCAACAGUCACCAGUACCUUCCAUAACAGGCAGCAGUUUCAUUUCCAAUUUCUACAAACAGUAA